AUGUCGUCGAGGCCUGAGUUGAAGGUCGAUGACGAGAUCGGCUUCAUAAGCUUCUUCCGGAAUCUCCCAAACACAGAUGAAGAAACCAUUCGAGUAUUUAAACGAGGUACCAGUGGAGGCGACUUCUACACAGCACAUGGCGAUGAUGCCGCCUUUAUUGCAAUGACAAUUUACAAGACUACCUCCGUUCUCCGCCAGCUAGGCAAGACAGACACCGGUUUGCCAUCUGUCACCAUGACCAUCACGGUUUACCGUAACUUCCUACGGGAAGCCCUGUUCAAAUUGGGUAAGAGGAUAGAGAUCUGGGAGACCACGGGCAAAAUGCAAUGGAAAGUGAAAAAGCAGGCAUCUCCGGGAAAUCUGCAGGAUGUAGAAGACGAGCUUGGUGGACAAGUGGACUCGGCACCCAUAAUUCUCGCAGUCAAAGUCACCGCGAAGGCGUCAGAAGCGAGGAACGUUGGGGUAUGCUUCGCAGAUGCCAGCGUGCGGGAAUUAGGAGUCAGCGAGUUUCUCGACAAUGAUCUAUACUCGAAUCUCGAAUCGCUCCUGAUUCAGCUCGGCGUCAAAGAGUGUCUGGUCCAAAGUGAGGGACAAAAGAAAGAUAGCGAGUUGUCGAAGAUAAGAGCGAUUGCCGAAAACUGCGGUAUAGCUAUUGCGGAGCGCUCUGUUGGCGAUUUUGGUGCGAAAGACAUAGAGCAGGACCUAACCCGGCUUCUACGAGACGAGCGCGCGGCAGGAACUUUGCCUCAAACGGACUUGAAGCUGGCUAUGAGCUCCGCAGCUGCUCUGAUCAAGUACCUUGGACUUUUGUCAGAUCCUUCCAAUUUUGGGCAGUAUCAGCUGUAUCAGCACGACUUAUCCCAGUACAUGAAGCUGGAUGCGUCGGCGCUCAAGGCUCUCAACCUCAUGCCAGGUCCGCGAGAUGGGUCAAAGAACAUGAAUCUAUAUGGUCUACUCAAUCAUUGCAAGACGCCUGUUGGCAGUCGGCUGCUCGCACAGUGGCUCAAACAGCCAUUGAUGAGCCUGGAAGGGAUCGAACGACGUCAACAAUUAGUGGAAGCUUUCGUGAUGGAUACAGAAUUGCGGCAAACAAUGCAGGAAGAGCAUCUGAAAUUCAUCCCUGAUCUAUACAGGCUGGCCAAAAGAUUUCAGAGGAAAAUGGCAAGUCUAGAGGACGUCGUCAGGGCAUAUCAGCUUUCUAUCCGGCUACCUCCGCUCAUUGGCACGCUGGAAGGCAUUAUGGACGAGCAGUACAAAGACCCCUUGGACGCUGAGUACACUACGAAAUUAAUUGAGUAUUCCAACAGCCUACUUAAAUUGCAGGAGAUGGUGGAAUCGACCGUCGACCUUGAUGCCCUUGACAGGCAUGAGUACAUCAUCAAGCCCGAAUUUGACGACAGCCUACGAAUCCUGAGCAGGAAACUCGAGAAGGUUAAAUACAACAUGGACGUGGAGCACCGAAGAGUCAGCAAUGAUCUUGACCAGGAGAUUGGGAAGAAAUUGUUCCUUGAAAACCACAAGACACACGGCCAUUGCUUCAGACUGACGAGGAAUGAAGCAGGCAGCAUACGCAACAAAAGAGAGUACCAAGAAUGCUCAACGCAAAAGAACGGGGUCUACUUCACCACAAGUGAGAUGACCAAACUGAGACGAGAACACGAUCAACUCUCGGAAAACUACAACCGAACACAGACCGGUCUUGUUACCGAGGUUGUAGGCGUUACAGCGUCAUACUGUCCCAUUUUCGAGAAGUUGGCAGGCCUUCUUUCCCACCUUGAUGUUAUCGUCAGCUUUGCACAUGUUUCAGUCCACGCGCCAACAUCCUACGUACGUCCAAAAAUGCAUCCAAGAGGCGAAGGCAACACCAUACUGAAAGAGGCUCGACAUCCGUGCAUGGAGAUGCAAGACGAUAUUCAAUUCAUCACAAACGAUGUCUCUCUAGUCCGAGGAAGCUCCGAGUUCCUGAUCAUCACGGGUCCCAACAUGGGAGGCAAAUCGACUUACAUCCGGCAAAUUGGCGUCAUCGCCCUGAUGGCGCAAGUAGGCUGCUUUGUGCCUUGCUUGGAGGCGGAGCUCACCCUGUUCGACAGCAUCCUCGCUCGUGUUGGUGCCAGUGAUUCGCAGCUUAAAGGCGUCUCGACAUUCAUGGCUGAGAUGCUGGAAACUGCAAACAUACUGAAAUCUGCCACUUCAGACUCCCUCAUCAUCAUUGACGAACUUGGACGCGGAACUAGCACAUACGAUGGCUUCGGCCUUGCGUGGGCGAUCUCGGAGCACAUAGUCAAGGAGAUUGGAUGUUUCGCCAUGUUCGCCACACAUUUCCAUGAGCUGACUGCGCUGGUGGAUGAGUAUCCUCAGGUGCAGAAUUUGCAUGUUGUAGCGCACAUUGGCGACACGACUGAGCAAGAUCGAAGAGAAGUCACAUUACUCUACAAAGUCGAAGAAGGCGUGUGCGAUCAGAGUUUCGGAAUUCACGUGGCUGAGCUCGUCAGAUUCCCGGAGAAGGUCGUCAACAUGGCCAAGCGUAAGGCAGAUGAGCUGGAAGAUUUUUCAACUAAGCACGAGGCCUCGCACAUCAAGCACUCUAAGCAAGAUGUGGAAGAGGGCAGUGCACUGUUAAAGGAGAUGCUGGUGCAGUGGAAGAAGGAGAUAGUAGGAAAGGGCAUGACCACUGAGGACCAAGUGGGCAAGAUGAAGGAACUGGUGAUGGGCAACCAAAAGUUGCUCGAAAACCCUUUCUUCCAGUCGGUCAAAGCAUUGUGA